AUGUGAUUUGAGGGAGAUUUGGCUGCUAUAUCUAACAAGUCGAAUAACUGGAGAAGCUUCCUUGUUGCUUCUUUAAGUUGUUGAUGUUUAAGAUGAGAAAGAUACUACAUAGAAGAAAUAUUUUUGAGGAAAUGCUUCCAUCUUGAAUAUGAAAACGCUAAGUUGGACUCUUAACUAAAGAAAGGCAUUCUCUGAGAGUUUAACAAAAUAUUGAACUUACAAUGUCCAAUUUAUAUUUUCGAAAGCUACAACCAAAUUAUUAUUACUAAAAGUUGUGUGUGAAAACAUAGCAACAUGAUGGGAGACAAUACAGUUAAUGCAGUAAAGAAAAAUUACCAUUGUAAAAUUUGUGGUAAAAACUUUUCUAACAUUUCGCGUUAUAAUCUGCAUAAACAUUCUGGAGAAAAACCAUAUCACUGCAAUGUAUGUGGUAAAGCAUUCUUGUAUAAUAGUUAUUUAAAGGCACAUAAGCUUGCUCAUACAGCAGACAAACCAUAUAAAUGUGAUGUUUGUGGUAAAUAUUUCAAAAGAGAGUGUGAAGUAAAGAUGCAUAAAAUGACACACUCAGGACAGAAACCAUUCUGCUGUAGUAUUUGUGACAAAACUUACUCGCGAUGUGGUGCUUUGAAAUACCAUCUACUGGUUCACUCAGGAGAGAGACCAUACCGCUGUGAAAUUUGUGGUAAAUCUUUCUCGAGUAAGGCUGUGUUAAAGCAACACGGGGUACUUCAUACAGGGGAAAAAUUACACAAAUGUGACUUUUGUGACAAAGCCUUCUCCAGAAGAAAUGACUUAACAAAGCAUAAAAUGGUUCACACUGGACAGAAACCAUUUUAUUGUGAAAUUUGUGGGAAAAUGUUCUUCAAUGAUUGUUACUUGAAGAAGCACAGAAUGAUUCACACUGGGGAAAGUCCAUAUCAUUGUGACAUCUGUGGUAAAAUAUUUGCCUACAAAAGUAUCUUAAUGGACCAUCAACUUGUUCAUACAGCAGAGAAACCAUAUACAUGUGAUGUGUGCAGCAAAGCUUUUAACAGACGUUCUACUCUAAAAAGGCAUAUAAUGGUUCACACAGGAGAAAAACCAUUCCACUGUGAAAUUUGUGGUAAAACUUACCCAAUUAACAGUGGAUUAAAGCAGCAUAUGUUGGUUCACACUGGAGAUAAAAUAUAUAAAUGUGAAAUUUGUGGUGGAUCAUUCCCUAGAAAAAGUGACUUUACUAAGCAUAAAAUGGUUCACACAGGCGUGAAACCUUACUACUGCAACUUUUGUGGUAAAAGCUUCUGGAAUAAUACUGACUUAAUAAAGCAUAAGUUGGUCCAUAUUGCAGAAUCUUGUGCUUCUAAUCCACACCGAUGUGAUAUUUGUGAGAAAGUAUUUGCAAGAAGUCAAAAUUUAAAGAGGCAUAAAGCUGUUCAUACUGGAGAGAAACCUUACAUCUGUGAAACUUGUGGUAAAUCUUUCUCGUGCAAUGAUUACUUGAAGAACCAUAAAGUGGUUCAUAGUGGAGAGAAACCAUAUAGCUGUGACAUUUGUGGUAAAUCAUUUUCAUUAAAAUCUAACAGAGAUAGACAUAAAAAGGUCCACACGGGAGAGAAACCAUACCACUGUGAAGUUUGUAAUAAAACUUUUUCAGAAAGUUCUACUUUGAAAAAACAUAAGUUACUUCAUUCAGGAGAGAGGCCCUUUCAGUGUGAGCUUUGUCCUAAAGCCUAUUUGUGUAUUAGAGACUUAAAGAAACAUUAUGCAAAUCAUACAAGUAAUGAAACACACAAAUGUGGAAUCUGUGAUAAGACUUUUAUGCAUAAAUGUAACUUAAAUAAGCACUACAUAAUUCAUACAAGAAAGAAACCAUCAUCAUAAUCAGCCCUAUUUUAACCUUUGUUUUCUAUGCUGACUUGACUUUGUUGUACAACAUACUGACAAUCAUCUUAUCUGUGAGACAUAUAUGAUAUUACCACUUCUUCCUAUUUUUCCUCUAUCAAACAUAUGGAAUUUUCCAUCCAUUUCUCUUGUUUGUUUAUGAUUAAAUGCCCAGACCAGUGCAUUGGCACAUGGCACACUGCACACAUUGGCUGAUACCAAGUUUCUCUAUUAGUUCAAUUUGUAUUCAGUAUUUCAUGCCAGUUCACAUACAUCUAAUAUACCUCAUUUCUAUUCUGCAACUUUUAUUCAGUAUCUGUAUUACACAAAUUAUUUCAUAUAGUCUACAUUUUAUAUCCAUGGCAAAACCCCUUGUCAUUAACAAAGCCAAUACCUCUUUGAACAUAUCCUACCUCUUUCAUGUUCUAGCUAACCUGCUUUCUCUACACCUUUCCCCAAUACUAAUUAGAUCACUCAGGUGGUAUAUACUAUCAUGUACAUCUAAUGAACCAUUUAAGUGAUUCAUCAUAUCCUCAUAUACCUGUACAACUAACUAUUCCAGUAUGUCAAGCAUUUUUCAGGUUAUGGUUCUCUGCUAACCCACCUAAGGUUCCACUGCAUCUUUUGUGUACCUGCUAUUUUUACAUAGGGUACACAGUAUUUCACAUAUAUUUCGAUAUAUAAGAUGCACUUUCACACAAGAUGCACCUAUAUUUUAGAAGAAUCUUUUGUGAGAAAAAACUAAUUUAAUAUGUUUUGUCAUGAAGGUAGAAAAUGUGCCUCAACAAAUUCUGUCUGAACCAUGCAAGCCUGGUGAAGUGGACAUUAAGUGAUGAUGAUGACACACUAAUUGGAAGAUAUUUUAAAGUAGUUUUGUAAGGGAAAAUGUAUGAUUCUGUGCAUAUAAAUGUGACAGUAUACUGGAAUAAAGUAUGAAACCAUAAGUUUAUAAAAAUA